AUGGGAGAUGGAGGCUUUUUCAAGGGUACGAGUUUGGAGCAAGACAGCCGAUUUUCUGAUAAACAGAAAAAAUUAUUGAAGAGUAUGAAUUUUCCCUCAGAGUUCAAUUUAAAGGUUGACUUGAAAAAAGUGAACUUAAAUGUUAUUAGGCCGUGGGUCGCGCAAAAAAUCGUAGAGUUAUUGGGUGGUGAAGAUGAAGUAGUCGUCAAUUAUGUGUUUGGAUUAUUAGAAGAACCAGAUUUGGAUCCAAGGAUGAUGCAAAUUAAUCUUACCGGCUUCUUGGAAACAGACGCACCAAUUUUUGUUACAGAAUUAUGGCAAUUACUUUUAUCAGCUCAGGAAGGUGAAAAUGGUAUUCCAGCAAUUUUUCUUGAACAAAAAAUGGAACAGAUUCGUAAGAAGCAGGAAGAGGAUGAACGAAUUCUAUUAGAAAUUCGAAAAAGACGUGAAAAAGAGGAGGAGGAAAGGACAAAACUGCGAGAUGUAAGAGAAAGAGAGCGAAGGGAAGAACGCGAAAGAAAGGAGGGAGACAAUUUUGUAUUUCUAUCGUUUCAUGGAAAAUCAUUUGUCUUACAAGCAAAUCUUUAUAGGAACGUGAACACAGAUCGAGCCGUCACCGUAGUAGAAGUAGAGAUGAAAUUAGACGGCCUCGCAGAAGUUCACGACGGAGAUAUAGUCGCAGUAAAAGUGAAGAAGACAGGCGACGACGUUCCCACAGGAGGAGUAAUAGUAGAAGUAGGGAUCAUAGUAGGAAUCGUGGUGGAGAUCAUAGUAGGGAACAUCGAAGACAUAAAAAUAAUAGGCGAUUCAAAAGAAUCUAUAGAUAGAAAUAGUCACGUAUUAUCUCCCAAAAAAAAUAAUCGUAAAGAUGUUGUAGUUACAGAUGAUGAUUUAAAGAAAAGGACUGUUGAAUUAGUAGAAGAUAAUAAUACUACUACACCAAAUUCGCCCAUUCGUAAAAAAGUAGUAGAUGGUCCAUAUUUCAAAUCCAAGUGGAACGAUGAUGAAGAUGAAGAAGAAAGCGUGGAAAGCAAAAAGAAAUCUAAUUCCGAUCUUGAACAACUCGAACAACUUCGUGCUAAAGCAUUUGAAUCGAUGAGAAAUCGCAAGUAA